AUGCUGGGCCGGCCGCUGUCCCUGGCGGCGCUCAUGGCCGCCGCGGAGCGGCGCACGGGCCUCCACGACUGGGGCGCGAGCGCCUCCUUCCCCGCGCUCUUCGGCCUCGCCGUCGACCGGCUCAACGAAGCGAGGCCGUCGCCCGUCGGCCGCCUCGUCGCCUUCGACUACCUCAUGCGGCGCCUCGAGGUGCGGCUCCGCGUCGUCGCCGCGGCGCGGAGCCUGCCGCGGCGGCCCGAAAUGAGCCGCGCGCCCGUCUUCGUCGUCGGCCUGCCCCGGACGGGCACGACGCUCCUCCACCGGCUCCUCGCGCUCGACGGCCGCUUCCGCUACCCGGAGACCCACGAGCUCCUCGACCCGCUCCCGGCGCCGGGCCGGAGCCGCGCGAAGCGCGUGCCGCACGUCGAGGCGAUCCACGAGCUCGGCGCCGAGGAGGCGGAGGAGUGCCUCCUCGCGCUCUCCGUGGAGGUGCCCCUGCUGCCGCCGACGUUCCGCCACCUCGUGCGCCACUGCGUCGCCGGCGCCGGCGCGGACUUCCCGGACCUGCGCGCGGCCUACGCGCUCUACCGGACGCAGCUCGAGCUCCUCGCCGCGGCCAAGGACGGCGACGCGGACCGGACCUGGGUCCUCAAGUGCCCGGCGCACGUGCCCUUCCUCGGGGACCUGCUCGCGGAGUUCCCGGACGCGCGCGUCGUCUGGGCGCACCGCGACCCCAAGUGUAGCCUGCCGUCGCUCGGGUCCAUGUUCCGCACCUUCGCCGACAUGUGCGACGCCGGCGACGUCGACCUCGGCGCCAUCGGCGCCGAGCAGCUCGCGUUCUGGUCCGCGGCCGUCGCGAGCGCCGAGGCCGCGCUCGCCGCGAGCCCGGCGACGCGCGUCGCGCACGUGGCCUACGACGACCUCGUCGGCGACCCGGCGGCGGCCCUCGCGCGCGUCUACGGCGACCUCGGCCUCGACGCGCCGCCGGACCUCGCGGAGGCCGUCGCCGCGGACCUCGCCGCGCGGCGGCCGCGCCGCGCGGCCGCGGCGAAGCGGCUCCGCGCGUACCACGCCUACUCCCUCGCCGAGUACGGCGUCGCCGAGGCCGACAUCGUCCACGACGUCGCCAUCGACCCCAAGGUCCAGGAGGGCGGCUACUCGAAGAUCCUGCGCAACCCCUCCACCAAGGACCUCGUCUCGCUCAACCACGGCAUCGGCGGCGGCGUCGGCGGCAAGACCAAGCAGGCGGAGCAGGGCUUCGGCCUCUGCGGCGACGACGGCGGCCGCGCCAUGUACAGCGGCGUCUCCGACGCCGCCUCCGACAAGUACGGCCAGACGGAACCGCGGGUCGAGUGGGUCGCCGGGUCGACCGUCGAUCUCCAGGCGCUCGUCACGGCGCACCACCUCGGCUGGUUCGAGUUCCGCCUCUGCCCCAUGGACGCCAUGGGCGAGGUCCUGACCCAGGAGUGCCUCAACGAGCACGUGCUCAAGUUCGACGCGGACUACACGCGGAACCAGUUCGACGAGACGGCCUACAGCGGCAAGCUCGUGCAGCAGGGCCGGCCGGAGCGGCAGCACGCGGCGGACUACUGGGGCGACCGCGACUCGUACCGCAACGUGCACACGCAGUGCCCCGCGCUCGCCGAGUUCGACGCGCGGGGCUUCAACGGCGCGGGCGUGCCCUGGGGCACGUGCUGCACCGACUACGCGCCGGCGGACAAGGGCGGCGGCGCCUGCAGCGACCCGGAGCACAACGACGACCGCUGGAUGGUCCCCGACGGGUCGACGGACACCUACUACGACAUGCGCUACGUCCUCCCCGCGGGCGUCACCUGCGAGCACUGCGUGCUCCAGUGGACCUACGUCACGGGCAACUCCGUCGACAACUUCCCCGAGGUCUUCCGCAACUGCGCCGACGUCAGGAUCGUCGACGGCGGCGGCUCCCGGGCCCCGUCGCCGCGGCCGACGGCGCCCGCGCCGACGCCCGCGGCGGCCAAGGAGACGCCCGCGCCGACGACGACGCCGGGCCGCGACGGCCGUUGCUGUUGGUGGGACAACUACGACCCGGCCGGCGACCCGCAGUGCUUUAACUGCCAGAGCGACCAGGAGCGGUCGUGCGCGUCGUCCAAGAACAAGUGCGAGGCCGACUGCGGCGGCCACUACUGCGCCUUCGACGAGGCCUGGACGGCCGCGCCGACGCCGACGCCGCCCGUCAACGACGGCGGCGAGGGCUGCGAGUGCCGGUCGGCGUCCGAGGUCACGUCCGACGCGUGGUGCUGGAAGACCGAGUGCGCCAAAGAGUACGUCGACGCCGGCUUCUGCGCCUACAAGGACGCGGACGGCGUCGUCUGCUCCGGCGGCUCCGGCGGCGGCCCGGGCGCGCCCGGCGGCGGCGGCGGCGGGACCAAGGCCUGCGACAAGGACUCGGUCGGCGCGACGUGCGCGUCCGGACCGCUCGGCGUCGUCGAGGACGCGUGGUGCAUCGCCGUCGCGUGCGCCGAGGUCUACGUCACGUCGGGGCACUGCAUGUUCAAGUGCCCCGAGGAGGCGCCGCCCGCGAACACGCUCGCGCCGACGCCCGCGACGACGACGACGAAGCCGCCCAAGGCGUGCGAGGACCGGUCCACCGAGAAGUCGUGCGACAAGGACGCGGCCUGCAAGUGGAAGGCCGGCCAGGGCAAGUGCGUCGUCGACGGCGGCGCGACGACGACGACGGCGGCCCCGACGACGGCCGCGCCGCCCGCGACGACGACGGCGGCCGCGACGACGACGGCCGCGCCCGCGCCCGUGCCGCCCGCGGCCAACUUCGAGCGCGUCGGCUACGUCGAGAACUGGAAGACCAUGGACACGGCGCACCUCGGGGGCUUCACGACGCUCCUCUACUCCUUCCUCACCCUGGAUCCGUCGCCGAACGCGGACGCCCCGCGCCAGAUCACGUGGAACGGCGAGGCCAUCUACGACAGCAUGAGCGCGGCCGACGUGCUCGAGGUCAUGAAGGACGUCGAGCCCGCGUGGAUGAAUCCAAUCGACGCGCUCAUCGACUUCUGCAAGACCAACAACAAGCGCUUCCUCUGGGCCUUCGGCGGCUGGUCGGACCUCACGAAGACGAUCGACGACGACCAGGUCGCCGCGCUCGUCGACCAGCUCGUCCAGCUCCUCGCCAUGGGCGCCGACGGCAUCGACUUCGACUGGGAGCACCUGAGCCAGUACCGCGACUCGGACCCGGCGGUCUACGCGCAGCAGCGGCUCAUCGUCGGCAAGGUCAUCGCGGCCCUGAAGCCGGCGCUCGUCGCCGCGGGCAUGGGCGACAAGAUCAUCUCCUACACGCCGCGCUACAACGCGUUCUUCCCGACGGCGGGCUCCAAGUACGGCCAGAACAACUUCGCGACCGACGGCGAGGGCGCCGACAUCUUCAACUACCUCAAGGCCAACUCCGACUACGGCGUCGACGCGGUGGACUACGUCCACCUCAUGAUGUACGACCUCGACGCGACAGACGCCUUCGUCGGCGCGACGGAGCCGUACUUCUCCCACGUCGACUACGGCAUCCCGCUCGACAAGGUCGUCAUGGGCUUCGAGCCCGGCCCGCAGGCCUACACGGGCGUCUGGGGCGGCAUGGACCACGACAUGGCGACGAUCGCCCGCAUGCGCGAGAUGGGCCUCGGCGGCGUCAUGUUCUGGGCCGUGAACGACCCCAAGGUCGCCUCGAACGGCAAGACGGUCGGCGAGAACUCCAUCGCGCUCGCCGACUACGCCGCCGCGCUCGACGGCGUCGUGGUGACGACGACCGAGGCCGCCGGCGGCCCGUCCUGCGCCGACAAGACGAAGAAGAAGUGCAAGAAGGACCCGGCCUGCGAGUACGAGAAGGGGGAGUGCCGCGACGCCCCGCAGCAGGCGGACCCCUGCGCCGCCGCCGUCGACGGCAAAACGGGCGCGAAGGCCAAGGACGCCUGCAAAGAGGUCAAGGGCUGCUCCUACAAGAAGAAGGCGUGCACGCCGUGCGACUCGAACACGAGCAAGAAGGCCUGCAAGAAGCACAAGAAAAGCUGCGAGUGGAAGAAGAAGAACGACAAGUGCGAGGCUAAGGGCGGCGACACCGGCGGCCUCACCGGAGGCGACAACGACUUCACGGAGGACUGCAAGGACUCGACGACCUGGUCCUUCGAGAACCCGAAGGACAAGGAGCUCACCUGCUACGAGGUCGCGCGGAACCCCGCGCGCCGCUGCGGCCUGCCCGGUGCCGCGGCGGCCUGCAAGCAGACCUGCGGCGCGUGCUAG